UCCUUUUGCAGUUUAUUCUCUUUCCUGUACAUCAUGGCGACUCCCACACCUCUCUUAGCAGUCCGGGGAUCUGACGGGACAGUGCUGCUCCGUGGACCACCAAACUGCGAGAAGAAUGCCGAUUUUCAAAGGGACCCUCGGCAAAGUAGAUAUGUGGCUUUCAGCAAGGAUGGGACAUUGUUUGCAUGGUGCAAUGGAGAGAAGGUCACUGUUGUGAAGGUUGCAGAUGGCUCACAAGUCAGGUCCUUUGACCUUCCAAAGACUGCAAUGUUGGAGUUCUCUCCGCUGAACACUGUGCUGGCUACAUGGCAGGUGUAUAGCAAGACACAGGAAAACCCACAGGGAGAUGCCAACUUGCAGCUGUGGGAUUUGCAAACUGGGACCUGCCUCAAGGCUCUCUACCAGAAGAAGGUACAGGGAUGGUGUCCAAGCUGGUCAGAUGACGAGAAGAUUGCGGUCAGGAGUGUUAACAAUGAACUUCACUUUUUUGAGAACAACGAUUUUAACGCCAUUGCCAAUAAGCUUCACUUGCAGAAGGUGUCCGAGUUUGUGCUGUCCCCGGGAAGUCAGCCUAGUAAAGUGGCUGUUUAUGUCCCUGGGAGCAAAGGUGCCCCCUCAUUUGUCCGGCUAUACCAAUACCCCAACUUUGGUGGAGCGACCUGCGCUCUGGCCAACAAGAGUUUCUUCAAGGCUGACAGGGUGACCAUGCUGUGGAACAAAAAAGCCACUGCGGUUCUGGUGCAGGCCAGCGUAGAGGUGGAUAAAACAGGGGCCUCAUACUACGGAGAACAGACUUUACACUACUUGGCCACCAAUGGGGAGACUUCUGCCGUGCAGCUACAGAAGAACGGGCCCAUCUACGACGUGGCAUGGAGCCCAAGCGCCACCGAGUUCUGCGUGGUCUAUGGCUUCAUGCCCGCCAAGGCUACUGUCUACAACCUCAAGUGCGACCCCGUCUUCGACUUCGGCACGGGCCCCCGCAACGCCGUCUACUACAGCCCCCAGGGCCACGUCCUGGUCUUGGCCGGCUUCGGGAACCUGCGGGGCCAGAUGGAGGUGUGGGAUGUCAAGAAGUGGAAGCAGGUGUCCAAGCCCCAGGCGCCCGACUCCACCCACUUCGCCUGGUGCCCGGACGGUGAACACAUUGUCACAUCGACCUGUGCCCCCCGGCUACGUGUCAGCAACGGCUACAAGAUCUGGCACUACACCGGCACGGUUCUGUACAAGCAGGACACGCCGACGGGCACAGAGCUCUGGGAGACUGUGUGGCAGCCCUUCCCAGACGGGACGUUCCCUGAGAGGCCGGUGAAGUACCAGGCAGCACCCAGCGAGCUGGGCAGCACAGAGACCAAGCCGGCCCAGGCCUACCGCCCACCUGCCCUGCGGAAUAAACCGGUCACAGCCAGCUCCAAACUGCAUGAAGAGGAGCCGCCACAGAACAUGAGGCCUGGCGCCACCGGGGACAAGCAGCUGUCCAAGACGGCUCUGAAGAACCAGAAAAAACGAGAGGCAAAGAAAGCAGCCAAACAGGAGAUAAACCCAGAUGCCCUUGAGCCCCAGUCAGACCCCUCUCCAGCCAGCAGCACUCAGCCUGAACCCUCCUGUGGCGACCCAGAACUUGACAAGAAGAUCAAGAACGUAAAGAAGAAACUGAAAGCUAUCGACGAGCUGAAAGCGCUGCAAGCAACUGGGAAACCCAUUCAAAAGAACCAGCUUGAAAAGAUGGAAAAGGAGUCUCAACUCAUGAAAGAGCUUGAGGAUCUUCAACUAGUAAAAGAAAAUACUGAAUUUGUUCAUGAAUAAAACACAAAACAUCCUUGCCAUAUGAUCAAGACCCAAGAGCGCUCGUAAAGCUAUCUAUAAUGGACAUAAAUUCGGAUCUCAUACAAUUUUUACUACUCGUGGAGACACGUUGCAGUUGAAGGCUUGUUCUCACAUUUUAACAUACAUUUGAGCCUUAAAAACUUAAAAGCAUCAAGACACUAUUGCUAUGCAAUGUACAGUUCAUUCGGAAAGUAUUCAGACCCCUUCACUUUUUCCACAUUUUGUUAUUUUACAGACUUAUUCUAAAAUU